GGUAGAGGCCGUUCUUCCGCCACUCGCCAUUUUGUUCCUGAUGUGCGUGGACGUGUGCCACUUAAACCGUAACUGAUUUUUCGGUUCGUAGUGUGUUCUGUUCAUUCUCGAGCCCGAAAAGCCGGCGAAUAUGAGCUACGGCAGACCACCGCCCCGAAUCGACGGGAUGGUAUCCCUUAAAGUAGACAAUCUCACGUACAGAACGACGCCGGAGGAUUUGAGACGCGUGUUCGAGAGAUGUGGCGAGGUUGGCGACAUUUAUAUACCAAGGGACCGCUUCACCCGCGAAAGCCGCGGGUUUGCUUUCGUCAGAUUCUAUGAUAAACGGGAUGCAGAAGAUGCACUAGACGCUAUGGAUGGAAGAUUGCUGGAUGGUAGGGAGCUCAGGGUUCAAAUGGCACGAUAUGGGCGACCAACUUCUCCACAUCGCAGCCGUGGAAGCCGUCGGCGUGGAAGAUCACGUAGCAGGAGCAGGGAUCGAAGACGGUCGCGCACUAGAUCUCGCAGUCGAUCUAGGAGCCGUGACAGGGAUCGUAGACGAUCAUACAGCCGUAGCCGCAGUCGUUCACGUUCUGAUAGUAAGAGCUCACGCGGAAAGUCACGUUCUCGUAGCAAAUCUGCAGACAGACAAAAGGACAGUCGUUCCAAAUCGAGAGACUGAAGUAAUGGAACCAUAUGCAAGUACAACUGUGAACAGAUGCACACGCCGCGAAUGCAGAAUAAUCGUUUCUUGAGAACAA